AUGGCGAGCUACGGCCUCCCUACAAACCUUCUCUUCUGUAAACUGUGUCAAAAGAUCUACAAGGAACCGAAACUAUUGCCUUGUUUACACACCUAUUGCCUAGAAUGUCUGGACAAACAAACACAGGAGACUAACAGGGUUACCUGCUCUUUGUGUGGAUAUUCUAUGAUCUCUCCACUAGAGGGAGUCGCUAGGCUCACAACCAAUAUUUUCGCAGAGCGUGUGGUAAAACAGUAUAUCGAUAAAAUUCAAGAGUUCGCUAAGACUGAUGAAGUCACAGCAAAUUUGUCGAACAGAAAUUCAGUGACUGAUACAGAAAUUUACGAAUCUCUUGUGGAAAGAGCCAAAUACUCACCGAACAGUCUGUCGUUAUUUUCGAUACAAAAGAGGGAGAACUCUAGUGACAUCAACAUGGCGUCUGCUGAAAUCGGUGCAAAUUCAACAUCCCAAAUUUCUCACCAACCUGAUUUGGUACAGAGUCAUACAGCCUCGGUUGAUUCGAGGUAUAACAUGGUGGUAAAAUUAUCCAAUCACAUGGACCACAAGCUAAUGGCUCUACAAGGCGAGGCACUUCGUGUUACCUACGCCAUAGACUCCAUCAACCAGACCAUCAACGACUGGCGAGAGAAUCGUUAUCAAUUGAAACGUAAAGUAGAAGAGAGGUCCAAUAUGUUACAGCAUCAGAUAAGACGUCACGAGAAACGACUGAUGGCUGAAAUUGAUAAUCGUUACCAUGAGGAUAAAAUGAUGAAAGAUGCCGAAACUUCGAAACUGGUCUUACGUCAAAACCUGAAAGGAAUUCUUCAAACUGUAGAAUUUCUAAAACAAGUUCAAGAUUUCGCUACGGAUGAUGAAAUGAUCAAUCUUAAAGACAGACUAAUGUCGUGUUCCGUGAAUAUCUCGGAAGUCCAGAUCAGAUGGCAGGAAUUAGUGAUGGACAUACCAGACGAACCGUCCGAACAUUUAAUGGUGACAGACUUCGGAAAAUUAUCAAAAUCGGAAAAAUCUUCAGUUGUGUUUUUGCCAGGAUCUUUGGAAAUGGAGAAAGACAUGAAUGCAGACGAAAAUGCAUUUAAUGAUUCAUUCUUCAACGAUCAUAUAUUUUCGUAUACCACAAGCCCUCGAAACAGUCGUAGAUUCCGUAAUCGAAGUUCUCGUAUGAGCGAGACCGACUUAGAAACCGAUGGCAACAUGAGUGAUGCUUCAGUGACAGUGGAUCAAUUUCGUACAAUGAGAGAAUCUUUCAAACAAAGGCGACGACAACUUUUGGAAGAAACUGGCGAGCUCAGUUCUACUAAAGAAGAAAACUUUCCAAUUCUUCAAAAUCCUCUGAUCAGAUUGAAUUCUUCCAAACGUAAAAUGAUCCCAUCUUUUGCUGGAACUUCAUCCGUGCCGUAUGAUAAUCCUCACUUCCUGCACGACUCCCAGCUUAAUUUGGAACAAAUUUCUCCACUUCCACCAAAUGCCUCAUCAAGGGACAUCACUGACAGAAAUGAAAUAUCGGAGCAGAUGGCGCACCUGUCUAACGAAAAUCGCGAGGAUAAGAUCAAACGAAUGCAAGAAUUACGUGAGAGUUGGAAAAGGCGUAAAGAGUUUUUGAUGAAGAAUGAUGGGUAUAUCAGUCCAAGUGCAGCAGACGGGGCCCCUGUUUUCGACUAUGAAGAAAAGAUAGAGGACGUGAUUGAAGACACUCCAGCUUCUAGAAAACACAGUCGUAUAAAACAAUUACGAAAUCGAUUAAUUAUGAUUCGACAACAUUUCAGAACAGACACACCAACAAAUUCUGCAGAAAUUGAAGAUGUGGAGAACAUUGAAAAAAUCUCUACAGCAGACGUCGUGCGUAGAAACAAACCGAAAGAAAAGAAGGAAAAAAGAUGGUCUGGAAUAUUUCGAAUGAAAGACUCGAAACGUAAAAGUUUGACGUCACAGGACAGCAAAGAGUUUGUACUCGAUGAAUUCGACACACAAACACUCGACGGGGAUGAAAUAAAAACUAAUGAAAGAAAACGAACUGAAUCUAUUGCGUCAAAAAAAAGUGGAUUAACUCGUAAAAAACUUCAACAAAUGCGCGAGAGUGUGAGAAAGAAGACCCAAAGAUGGAGAACGAUUAAUUCAGCAUAG